AUGGGUGACCGGCUGAGCUCUCCCAUGGUGGAGCUAGCCCAGCCAGUAGAAGGGCCACGGCCCCAACCCCAUGGCAGCCUGGAGCAGGAGUCUGGUGCUGAGGCCCAGGGACGCGCUGUGCCCAUCCGGAUGGAGGGCGUGGCCUGGCCGGGGGCAAGCACAGGAGAGCUGCUCUGGGAUGUCCAUAGCCACGUGGUCACUGAGACCACGCAGAGAACCUAUGUCUACCAGACUACCGGCUCAGAGACCACACAAAGGACCCACGUGUACAGUGCCACAGAUGUGGGAGCCGCAAGGCCCCCGUGCAUGCAGGUGACCAUCGAGGACGUGCAGGUGCUGGCCGGUGACACUGCACGGUUUGAGGCUGUCAUCGAGGGGAGCCCACAGCCCACGGUGACCUGGUACAAGGACGAUGUCCAGCUGGUGGACAGCACCCGCCUCAGCCAGCAGCAGGAAGGAGCCACCUACGCGCUGGUGCUGCGGGACGUGGCCCCGCAGGACGCCGGCGUCUACACCUGCCUGGCGAGCAACGCCGGCGGCCAGGUGCUCUGCAAGGCUGAGCUGCUGGUCCAGGGGGGCAGCACGCUGGACUCUGAGAAGCAGAGCUGUCGGAGGAAGCUGCAAUCCUUCUACGAGGUCAAGGAAGAGAUCGGAAGGGGUGCAUUUGGCUUUGUGAGAAGAGUGCAGCACAAAGGCAACCAGCUGUGCUACGCGGCCAAGUUCAUCCCGCUGCGGGGAGGCAGGGCCCAGGCGCACCGGGAGCGCGACAUCCUGGCCUCGCUGAGCCACCCGCUGCUCACCGGGCUGCUGGACCAGUUUGAGACGCGCAAGACCCUCAUCCUGGUCCUGGAGCUGUGCUCCUCCGAGGAGCUGCUGGACCGCCUGUUCAGGAAGGGUGUGGUGACUGAGGCUGAGGUCAAGGUCUACAUCCAGCAGCUGGUGGAGGGACUGCAUUACCUGCACAGCCACGGCGUCCUCCACCUGGACAUAAAGCCCCCCAACAUCUUGAUGGUGCACCCUGCUCGGGAGGACAUUAAGAUCUGUGACUUCGGCUUUGCUCAGAAAGUCUCCCCUACAGAGCCACAGUACAGCGCCUAUGGCUCCCCCGAGUUUGUGGCCCCCGAGAUCAUCGAGCAGACCCCCGUGAGCGAGGCCUCCGACAUCUGGGCCAUGGGGGUCAUCUCCUACCUCAGCCUGACCUGCUCGUCCCCAUUUGCGGGCGAGAGUGACCGAGCCACCCUUCUGAAUGUCCUGGAGGGGCGAGUGUCCUGGGGCAGCCCGGCGGCUGCCCACCUCAGUGAGGACGCCAGGGACUUCCUCAAGGCCACUCUGCAGAGGGCCCCAGAGGCACGGCCCAGCGCCUCGCAGUGCCUUGCACAUCCCUGGUUCCUGAAUUCCGUGCCAGCCGAGGAGGCCCAGUUCGUCAGCACCAAGCAGCUCAAGUUCCUCCUGGCCCGAAGCCGCUGGCAGCGCUCCCUGAUGAGCUACAAGUCCAUCCUGGUGAUGCGCUCCAUCCCCGAGCUGUUCCACGGCCCACCUGACAGCCCCUCGCUGGGAGUGGCCCGGCACCUGCGGGGCCAGGCUGAUGCCUCCUCCAGCUCCUCCUCCUCCUCAGACACCGAGCUCGCCCCCUUUGCCAGGGCCAAGUCGCUGCCUCCCUCCCCAGUGACCCACUCCCCGCUGCUGCACCCCAGGGGCUUCCUGCGGCCCUCGGCCAGCCUGCCAGAAGAGGCCGAGGCCAGUGGGUCCCUGGUGGCAGCAGCCCCGCUGGCAUCACCCCAAGGCACUGGGCCAGUGCCCCGGCACAGCGUCAUCCACAGCCUGUUCUACCAGCAGGCAGGCGAGGGCCCUGCCUCAGGGGGCAGGCGGCACCCGGCCCGGCGGCGGCACCUGCUGAAGGGUGGGUACAUCGCUAGGGCGCUGCCGGGCCUGCGGGAGCCACUGAUGGAGCACCGGGCCCUGGAGGAGGCAGCCACCAGUGAGGAGCCACCCAGCUCCCCCACCACAGCGGCCUCCGUACAGCCUGCACCUUGGCCACCUGGCUCCAGCUCUCAUGAGGAUCGUGGCCACGGCCACUCCCUGGACCAUGACCCACAGAGCGCCACCAGCCCAGUCCCCUGUUUCGGGGGACAGUGUCCACCGUUGACCCCCUUGGCACGGGCCUCGGGGGUCUCUGCCAGGGAGACGGCGCAUCCCCAGGGCUCCCUGCAGGAACAAGAGCACCUCCCAUGGUCUGAGGGUGACCCAGCCCUGCUGGAGGGGACGUCCCAGGACAGCUGUCAGGGGCAGCUGGCGCCCCUCCACCUCCCCGAGCAGGGCCCUGUUCCCAGAGAGGGCCGUGGCCCCCUGUCAGCUGCUGCCUCAGCCCCUCCUGGCUCCUCCCCGCUGGAGUCCUCCUCCCCUGACAGAUCCCUACCAAGCUCCAAGAUGGAGCCCCAGGACAUGUCCCUUUCAGGCCCCUCCCUAGAGGCCAGGGGAUCCCCUGACUCCACACCCCCCCUGCAGCGGCCACAGGAGCAGGCGACCACACGGAAGUUCUCCCUGGGGUCACGGGGGGGCUACGCAGGGGUGGCAGGCUACGGCACCUUCGCCUUCGGGGGGGAUGCUGGGGGCAUGCUGGGGCAGGGGCCCCUGUGGGCCAGGCUGGCCUGGGCAGUGUCCCAGUCCUCAGAGGAGCAGGAUGAGGCUGCGGCCGAGAGCCCACUGCCCCCGGCCAGUGUAGGGAAGGUGCCUGAGGCUGGUGGGAGUCCCCCAAGGGCCUCCCCGGAGCUGGGCUUGGGGGAGGAUAGCGGGCAGGUCUCCCUGGUGCAGAUCCGGGACUUGUCGGGGGAUGCGGAGGCCGCCGACACUAUCUCCCUGGACAUCUCUGAGGUGGACCCUGCCUACCUGAACCUCUCUGAUCUGUACGACAUCAAGUACCUGCCGUUCGAGUUCAUGAUCUUCAGCAGGGUCCCCCGGCCCGAGCUGCCCUCCCCCGAGGACGAGGACAGGGAUGAGCCUGAGCCCGAGCCGGCUGAGCCCCCAGAGGCAGCAUGGCCCUGGCCUGGCGGGGUGGGCCCAGGAGUCGGCCUGGAGAUCACGGAGGAGCCGGAGGACCUGGAGGCGCUGCUGGGGGCAGCCUCUGUGGGCAGGAAGCGCAAGUGGCCCUCGCCUCCCCGCGGCCUCUUCCAGUUCCCUGGGGGCUGCUUGCCGCUGGAGGAGCCGCCGGAGCUGGGGCUGCGGCAGAGGGUGAAGGCCUCCAUGGCACACAUUUCCAGGGUCCUGAAGGGCCGGCAGGAAGGUGUGGAGAAGGAGGGCCCCCCCAGGAAGAAGCCUGGCCUCGCCUCCUUCCGCCUGUCAGGUCUGAAGGGCCGGGACCGAGCACCGACCUUCCUGAGGGAGCUCUCAGAUGAGACGGUGGCCCUGGGCCAGUCCGUGACACUGGCCUGCCAGGUGUCAGCCCAGCCACCUGCACAGGCCACGUGGAACAAGGAUGGGGCCGUCCUGGAGAGCAGCAGCCGCCUCCUCAUCUCCUCCACCCUCAAGAACUUCCAGCUGCUGACCAUCCUGGUGGUGACCCCCGAGGACCUGGGCGUGUACACAUGCAGCGUGAGCAACCCGCUGGGCACGGCGGCCACCACGGCCACCCUCCGGAGGGCAGAGCGCCCCUCAGCAUCCCCACGCCCUGACAUCGGGGAGUUGUAUGAAGAUGGGGUGCUGCUUGUCUGGAAGCCCGUGGAGGCGUGCGGCCCCGUCACCUACAUCGUGCAGUGCAGCCUGGAAGGAGGCAGCUGGAUGACCCUGGCCUCCGACAUCUUUGACUGCUGCUACGUCACCAGCAGGCUGUCCCGGGGUGGCGUGUACGCCUUCCGCACAGCCUGCGUGAGCAAGGCAGGAAUGGGCCCCUACAGCAGCCCCUCGGAGCAGGUCCUCUUGGGGGGGCCCAGCCGCCUGGGCUCGGAGGAGGAGAGCGGCCAGGGGCGGCCAGCCCAGCCCCUCCCUAGCACCAAGACCUUCGCCUUCCAGACACAGAUCCGCAGGGGCCGCUUCAGCGUCGUCCGGCAGUGCCGGGAGAAGGCCAGCGGGCGGGCACUGGCCGCCAAGAUCAUUCCGUACCAGCCUGAGGCCAGGAUGGCUGUGCUGGGCGAGUACGAGGUACUCAAGGGCCUGCGCCACCCCCACCUGGCCCAGCUGCACGCCGCCUACCUCAGCCCGAGGCACCUGGUGCUCAUCUUGGAGCUGUGUGCCGGGCCGGAGCUGCUGCCCUGUCUGGCGGAGAGGGCCUCCUACUCGGAAUCGGAGGUGAAGGACUACCUGUGGCAGAUGCUGAGCGCCGCCCAGUACCUGCACGCCCAGCGCGUCCUGCACCUGGACCUCAGGUCUGAGAACAUGCUGAUCACCGACUACAACCUGCUCAAGGUGGUGGACCUGGGCAGUGCCCGGAGCUUUAGCCAGGAGCCGGUGCUGCCGCCCGAGCACUUCAAGGACUACGUGGAGACCAUGGCCCCUGAGCUCCUGGACGGUCAGGGUGCCGUUCCACAGACGGACAUCUGGGCCAUUGGUGUGACUGCCUUCAUCAUGCUCAGCGCCGAAUACCCGGUGAACGGUGACGGUCCGCGCGAACUGCAGCGGGGCCUGCGCAAGGGGCUCCCGCGGCUGGGUCGCUGCUAUGCCGGGCUGUCGGGCGGCGCCGUGUCUUUCCUGCGAAGCACGCUCAGCGCGCAGCCCUGGGGCCGGCCCUGCGCCUCCAGCUGCCUGCAGUGCCCGUGGCUGACCGAGGAGGGCCCGGCCGCCCAGCCCGCACCCGUGGCCUUCCCCACAGCACGGCUGCGGGCCUUCGUGCGAGAGCGGGAGAAACGACGCGCGCUGCUGUGCAGGAGGUACCGCCCAGGCCAGGGGCGCUGA